AUGGGGGCAUCUGGGGGUUUGGAUUUCCUUUGGAAGGAUAUGUCUAUUGAUUUGAAAUUGGUUGUUUCUGCUCCCUUUUGGAUGUUGGCCUUGGUUAGAAGUAGUGUUUCGAAUGUUAAACUCUGGUUGUUCAAUGUUUAUGGUCCGAUGUCAAUUGGGGGUAAGAAAGCUCUUUGGGAUUCCUUAUCCCUCACCCUUUCCCCCCUUCAUGGUCAGUUUGUGGUUUUUGGAGGAGACUUGAAUGCCAUUUCCUCUGAUGAUGAGAAGUGUGGGGGGAUUUUGCCCAAUAAGCGUAUCUUGGAGGACUUCUGUGCUUUCAUUUUAAGUAAUGAUCUAGUGGAUUGUAAAACUUUGAAUGGGUCAUUUACUUGGACAAAUAGGAGAAAAUAUUUCUCACAGAUUGCUGAGAGACUUGACCGUUUUCGGGUUUCUGACAAUUGGAUUUCCUCUAAUGUGGAUGUUGUGGCCUUGGUCUUUCCUUAUGUUGGUUCAGAUCAUUUUUUGGUUGUGUUAUCCAUGUUUGACGACAGAGCCCCUGGUCGUUCUUCUUUUAAGUUUGAACCAAUGUGGUUUCGUGAUCCUUCCUUUUCUUUGCUUUUACAAUCCUGGUGGUCUGCGACUCCUUUUGUUCAGGGCACUAGGAUGUUUCGGUUUGUUAAAAAACUCUCUUAUCUUAAACAAGAAAUUAAGAAAUGGAAUGUUCCGCAUUUGAAAAAUAUUUUUACUGAGAAGAUUAAGAUUCAGGAAGAACUUGAAGCUCUUAAUGCUAGGGUUAUGAAUUAUGGCAUGGAUUCUGCUACUUUUCAGAGACACAAAUCUUUGAAUUCUCAGCUAGAAGAGAUUCUUUCGAGAGAAGAAAUCUAUUGGCGUCAAAAAUCCAGAGAUUUAUGGUUGAGUGAUGGUGAUCAAAAUACCAAAUUCUUCCACACUUCAGCCAAGAUGAAAUGA